CCUACUCCCCUCCCCCUCACCCCCCACACAUACGCACCGUGCGGGAGCAGAGCGCAGCAGCGUCACCUCGGACCAGCGAGGGCUGCUGGCAGGGGGAGCUGAGCUCAAAAGGCAAACAAGACUCUCUCUCUCUCUGCUUUCUCCCCGUUUGAGGUUUGACCUCUCCUCCAGCUCCGGAGCCCCGCAAGUCUCCCCCUCCUCCUGUCGCCGGCAAUGGCGGCCGCCUCGGAGGAGGCCAUCAAGCAGUUCUCCGUCCUCAUGGAGCAGCUGAAGGAGCCCCUCAAGACCACAUUCCAGAAUGUGCACCAAGGAUAUCCAAGAGGGACUGUGCUGCGUUUUCUGAAGGCCAGAGAGUGGAACGUUCCUAAAGCUUACAAAAUGCUAAUGGACUGCUUAAAUUGGAGGCUUCAGAAUGAGAUUGACAGCGUUCUUGCCAAACCAAUAUUGCCCGCUGAUUUGUAUAGAUCUAUUCGUGAUACACUGCUUGUUGGAUUAACAGGAUAUUCCAAGCAGGGUCAACCUGUCUAUGCAUUCGGUGUUGGGCUCAGUACCUUUGACAGAGCAUCGGUGAACUACUAUUUGCAGUCUCACAUACAGAUGAAUGAGUAUCGAGAUCGUGUUGUCCUGCCAGGUGCUUCUGAGAUGUCCGGAAAACAGAUUAACACCUGCUUGAAAGUUAUGGAUAUGACUGGCCUGAAGCUUUCUGCUUUGAACCAAAUAAAGAUGUUGAGCACGAUAACAGCUGUUGAUGACCUUAAUUAUCCUGAGAAAACUGAGACGUAUUACAUUGUGAAUGCUCCAUAUGUUUUUUCGGCAUGUUGGAAGGUUGUGAAGCCUCUUUUACAAGAGCGAACUAAAAAGAAGAUCAAAGUCUUAUAUGGCCCUGGAAGAGAUGAAUUACUGAAGGUUAUGGACUACGCGUCACUCCCGCACUUCUGCAAGAGGGAAGGGUCCGGUUCGGGUUCGUCGUCGGACGAAGUCGACUGCUACUCGUACGACCAUCCUUUCCACCAGGAGCUGUACAGCUAUGUGAAGCAGCAAGCUCUGAGGAACCAGGACAGCGUUGGCCCCGCGAAGCAAGGGUCGAUGCAUGUGAGGGUGCCGACGCCGGACCUGGAGGAGGCCAAGAUCAUGGAGACGAUCCAGUCGGAGCUCCACAGCCUCAAGGCAGGCGACGGCAUUUCCCGCUCCUUCAGCAGGAUCACGAUCGAAGGUCCAUGAUGACCUUGUUUCCUGCUCAUAUCGAAGAUCGUCAUGGAUAUGAUCCAUGAUGAUCGGAGUGGCUCGAGAUGCGCGGAGCAGGUAAUCGAUUAUCUUAUUUGACGCCAGGAAAUUAUUCUGUGGUUUAUAGCAGUUCUUGCUUGCAUUGUAACCGCUGGCUGCAUAGCUCGAGUAGGAUCAUAUCAUAUCGGUAGAGGAAGUAGUAGUAGUAGCAGCAGCAAAACAUCGGAUUCUAAUAACCGAGUCUGUAUCGUGUUGUCGAAGAUGGUAGUAACUAGUAGCUCUGAUUAACCUGGCUAAUGGAUGGAUGUACCAUUUGCGCGUUACUGUUUCCAUGCUUCUCAUGGCAGGGAAAUUACCGUGCUCCCAGACAUGAGCAGCACGAGCUCUAUGUAUCUUAUCAAUCAGUAUAUAUAGUAUAUGUAUGUAUAUGUAAUCGCCCCCUGAUGUUGCAACUGGUAUAUCAUUAUGUAUUUGAUGUUACCUGAACCA